AUGCUUUUUCUGCUCAAUUUGAACGUCUUGGCGAAUAAAAGAAUCUCCCAUCAUGUUAUGUACGAUAAUGUCCUCUGGCUGGACGUUCUUGAGCUUCUCUUCUGCUUUGUGCUUCUGGUGAUGAAUGGUUUUUUGGUAAAGCGAUUUAUCAAAAGAAAAGUCUUCACGGAUUUGGAGAUUUUCCGAUAUUUUUGGCUCUCGCUUUCUUGCAUUCCAGUUAUUCUCAUCAUGUUCAUCUGUCGAAUCGGUCAGCUUCACGGAAGUUGGGUUGGCGCAAAAGCAUAUGGCGACGAUAUCUACACGGCUUUAGGGCUUCAGAAAAUAACGAGUAAAGCAGGACAAAAAGCUGGUUUGCUUAUUUUCUACGACAUGCCCGCCCAGCAAUUUGUUCUUGAGAGCUUUAUCUUCCUCAAACAGAUGGUUGUGAUGAUCUUCUUCGGUUGCCAGUUUUCGAGAAAGGGCAACGGAAGAGUUCGAAGCAUCGACAACAAAAAACUCGUCUCGGAAUCAGCCACAAGCGGAUCAUCUAACGCAGAGACGAAAAAGAGACGCAAGAUAAGCUCAGCUGAGAUUCAACGCGCCGUGGAGGAAACGGCCUCGCAAGACUCACUGAACGUCCCUGAUAUUGAAACUGAUCUCCAUUCAAUAACAGAUCCUAUCGAUCAAAUGUACCGACAAUAUGGCAUUUCCAAAUAA